AUGACACUCCGAAAAGGAGAGAAAACGACCAUCAGCAUCCAAGAGCACAUGGCGAUUGACGUCUGCCCUGGCCCCAUCAGACCAAUCAAGCAAAUUUCGGAUUACUUCCCCCGGUUUCCACGGGGCCUCCCCGCUACGGUCAGCCGGAGCAACAGCCUGCGUUCUUCCUCCAGCCAGGCAACGGUCAGCCCCUCGGAGACAAUCCCCCGUGAGGAGGAUGAAGAUGUGGACCACGUUUUUGGGGCGUAUGGGACUGAACCGGUCGAACAGCCCCCCAAGCGGCCCAUUGAAGAGGAGGAAGAAGCAGUGGACGCUGACGGCUAUGAGUCCGACGACUGCACUGCCCUGGGGACUUUAGACUUCAGCUUGCUGUAUGACCAAGAAAACAAUGCCCUCCACUGUACAAUCAAUAAAGCCAAGGGCCUGAAGCCUAUGGACCAUAAUGGGCUGGCUGAUCCGUACGUGAAAUUGCACUUACUUCCCGGAGCCAGUAAGGCAAAUAAGCUGAGGACCAAAACCCUGCGGAACACCUUGAAUCCUACCUGGAAUGAAACCCUUACGUAUUAUGGGAUCACCGACGAGGACAUGAUCCGCAAAACGCUCAGAAUUUCAGUCUGCGAUGAGGACAAGUUUCGCCACAAUGAGUUCAUUGGGGAAACGAGGAUCCCACUGAAGAAACUCAAGCCGAACCAAACCAAAAAGUUCAACAUUUGCCUGGAGAAGCAACUGCCAAUAGAUAAAACAGAAGACAAGUCCCUGGAGGAGCGUGGCCGGAUCCUCAUCUCUCUCAAGUACAGCUCCCAGAAGCAGGGUCUGCUAGUGGGCAUCGUCCGUUGUGCGCAUUUGGCUGCCAUGGACGCAAAUGGCUACUCAGACCCCUAUGUGAAAACGUACUUGAAACCAGAUGAGGACAAGAAAUCCAAGCACAAGACAGCUGUCAAAAAGAAAACACUCAACCCUGAAUUCAACGAGGAAUUUUGCUAUGAGAUCAAGCACGGUGACUUGGCCAAGAAGACCUUGGAGGUGACGGUGUGGGAUUAUGACAUUGGCAAAUCAAAUGACUUUAUCGGUGGUGUGGUGCUGGGGAUUAACGCCAAAGGGGACCGCCUGAAGCACUGGUUCGACUGCCUGAAAAACAAGGAUAAGAAAAUUGAGCGCUGGCACACACUCACAAAUGAGCUGCCGGGGGCUAUUCUCAGCGAUUGA